AUGAUCCGCUUUGGUUGGAACACCACAUCACCCAAACUGACCGCAUGUAUAGCCGAGACUGCCUUCACAUGGAUUCCCGCGAUAUUCCUCGCGAUAUGUCUUCCGGCCNUAGCCGAGACUGCCUUCACAUGGAUUCCCGCGAUAUUCCUCGCGAUAUGUCUUCCGGCCGUAAUCACAGACAUUAUCCGUUGCCGAAAGCCAUCCAUUCCAUGGAAUGCCUACAAUAUAUCCCGAUUAACAUUAGCCCUCGCAUUAGCUAUAGUGACAAUUGUGGACUUCAUACUCUGUUUAUUACGAGAGUUUCAGUUUGAUGACAAACCUACCCCGGCAUACCUACUAUCUACCGGCAUAUACUCGAUCGCAAGCCUACUAUUAUGUGUAGUUUUGUUUAGCCACCGGUUGUCUGGCAUACACUGCAGUGGAAUCGUGUGGUUCUACCUAUUGAUGGACUCGGUCUUCAAGACCCUAUCGGUGGCCAUCUAUUCAAUGGAUAGGGAUAUCCGACAAACACACGAAUAUUCGCUAUUUUUAGUGCAAUUUUCGUUGACUAUAAUCCUGUUUGUCAUGAACUCAUUCCCGGACUCACAACCAAACCAAUAUUAUAGCGAAAAACUGGGAAACUAUUCAAAGCUAUGCCCUAAAGAGAAGGUGUCGUUCCCGUCGAGGCUGACAUUCUGGUGGAUAACGGGUCUCAUAAUGAAGGGCUGGAAGAAUCCGUUAACCAGUGAUGACUUGUGGGACGUGCGCCGGGAAGACAGCUGUAAGACUGUGUACUCGGAAUUCAAUACCAUAUGGAAAGGGAGUAAAACACUGGAUAACGAAACGGACGAGAAAGUAGCGCAGGAGUUGGGAGGAACGGGAGAUAUUAAACACAAGGAAAUGAAUGGCAAUACUAAACCCGAUAAUCUGAAACCCGUUCAUAAGAAACGCAAACUAAUGACUGUUAUAUCCAAAGGCUUUUGGUUUUACUUUUUCGGUCCCAGUAUUUUGAAAUUGAUUGCCGAUUGCAUACAACUCUGUAACCCUAUGAUCAUGAAGUAUGCCAUUAGUUAUAAUAAACUAUUGAUUGGUUUCACCACUGACCCUGAUGAGCCUAAUUGGCACGGAUAUAUGUACGCCGUACUACUUAUAUUCACAAACAUUUUCCAGAGUCUUAUCAAUGGAUAUCAGGCACAGCGUAUGUCUGUGUUGGGUAUGAGGAUCAGGACGUGUUUAGUAUCCGCCGUCUAUAGGAAGUCAUUGGUUCUGAGCAAUCACUCCAAGAAAGACACCACUUCUGGAGAGAUAGUCAAUCUCAUGGCUGUUGACUCCCAGAGAUUUGUUGAUAUGUUGCCAUUCAUAAGCUUCAUAUACACGGCGCCGGUACAGAUCGCUAUAUCCUUAUAUCUACUAUACAACGAGUUAGGUGUGGCCACAAUGGGAGGGCUGGUAUUGAUGAUACUCAUGAUUCCCACCAACGGCUGGGUUUCGGCGAAAAUAAGGCAAAUUCAAGCCAAACAAAUGAAACUCAAAGACCAAAGAGUCCGCGGUUUGAAUGAAAUCCUCAGCGGAAUUAAAGUCUUAAAAUUAUACGGAUGGGAGGAGGCGUUCGUGGAGAACAUACAGGCUAUCCGUCAAAAGGAGUUAAACCUGAUUAGGAGGUCCGGAAUGAUUAACUCGAUUACCGUAACACUGGCCACAUGUCUGCCAUUCCUCGUAUCACUCAUUACAUUUGGAUUAUACAUAGCAUUGGAUCCCAAUGGCAAACUGGACGCGCAAAAGGCAUUUGUGUCCAUAUCCCUGUUCAAUCUGUUAAGAAUUCCUCUAACUAUGGUACCCAAUAUGGUUACCAGUUUGAUACUGACAUUAGUUUCCGUCAAACGAUUGGAUAAAUUCCUGAACUUCUCUGAACUCUCGGGUUAUGUGACCCGAAAAACCGAUCAGAAAGAGGUGGUAAAGAUAGAGAACGGGUCGUUCACUUGGGAUUCAGUAGAGGAGGUGCAGUCGGGACUGAAGCCAACCCUCGAGAAGAUAAAUAUGCGAGUAAUGAAAGGCAAGUUCGUGGCAGUCGUCGGGAAUGUGGGCUCCGGUAAGAGUUCACUUCUGUCGGCCCUAUUGGGAGAUAUGGAGAUAUGCGGCGGGAGUGUAAACAUCAACGGCGACGCACAGGUAGCUUAUGUGCCACAACAGGCGUGGAUACAAAACGCCACUCUAAAAGACAACAUACUGUUUGGAAAGCCGUUUGACUCCCGGAAGUACAGGAAAGUGAUCAAAGCCUGUGCCCUGAAGUCGGAUCUGUUGACUCUCGCGGGCGGAGACGAGACAGAGAUCGGAGAGAAAGGCAUUAAUUUAAGCGGC